GCAGAUUUCAUACCGGUUACUCGCCGAUACCAAGGAGGACGCCGGGGUACUGAAGCCCUUAUAUCUGUUUGAUAAAGAAGAACAACACCGGGAUUGUCACGGUAACCUACUGAGACGACCAAUACAGCCACUGACUAGAUACAACAUAAAGAACGUCCUAAGACGGAGUUGGGAACAUUUUGUGCUACUUUGAGCUGUCAGUUGCGGUAAGGCAGGUCUGUGGGGGAGAAUACUUCCAGCCGAGGGGACCCCCCCAAGCGGCCCGGUUCCACACAUCAGCAACCGAAGCCGGGGGAGCAGUGAGCCGCGUAGCCGGAGAGCGGCGUGUCGGCCAGCGGAUCUACAAGUUCUAUCCUGCGCAGGGAGAAGUAAUCACUGGGCGCCGGGUCAUCCGGACUGAGACCUCAUGAAUGGAAAUCGGAACAACAGGAGACGUUGGAGCACCCGUUGAAGCCCAAGCCCUUUUUUCGUUGCCACGGAGACCUGGCUAUGGCACCCUUGGGAAGCCCAUCAAGCUUCUGGCCAACUGCUUCCAAGUGGAUAUACCCAAGAUCGACGUCUAUCUGUAUGAGGUGGACAUCAAGCCUGAUAAAUGUCCUCGCCGGGUCAACAGGGAGGUGGUGGACUCCAUGGUUCAGCAUUUCAAGGUAACCAUCUUUGGUGACUGUUUGCCUGUUUACGAUGGGAAGAGAAGCCUCUACACUGCUAGCCCACUUCCUGUGGCCACUGGUGGGGUGGAUCUGGACGUCACUCUGCCAGGUGACGGUGGGAAGGACCGCCCAUUUAAAGUCACCAUUAGGUUUGUGUCGUUGGUCAGCUGGCACAUGCUGCACGAAGUCUUGACAGGACGCGCCAUUGCUGAGCCGGUGGACCUGGAGAAACCCAUCAGCACCAACCCUGUUCAUGCCGUAGACGUCGUCCUGCGACACCUGCCCUCCAUGAAGUACACGCCUGUUGGACGAUCCUUCUUCUCCUCCCCAGAGGGCUACGACCACCCGCUAGGUGGAGGAAGAGAGGUUUGGUUUGGCUUCCAUCAGUCAGUACGGCCAGCCAUGUGGAAAAUGAUGCUCAACAUUGAUGUGUCAGCCACUGCUUUUUAUAAAGCCCAGCCAGUCAUCCAGUUCAUGUGUGAGGUCCUGGACAUUCACAACAUUGACGAGCAGCCCCGCCCUCUCACUGACUCCCACAGGGUCAAGUUCACCAAAGAGAUCAAAGGUCUUAAAGUGGAAGUGACACACUGUGGAACCAUGCGCAGGAAGUACAGAGUCUGCAAUGUAACACGACGCCCUGCCAGCCUCCAGACGUUUCCGUUGCAGCUUGAGAGCGGUCAGACAGUUGAACGCACAGUGGCGCAGUACUUCAGAGAGAAGUACAGCCUGCAGCUGAAGUACCCCCACCUGCCUUGUUUGCAGGUGGGCCAGGAACAGAAGCACACCUACCUGCCCCUAGAGGUGUGCAACAUUGUACCUGGACAGCGCUGCAUUAAAAAACUAACAGACAACCAGACGUCGACCAUGAUCAAAGCAACAGCCCGCUCUGCACCAGACAGACAGGAGGAGAUCAGCAGACUGGUGAGGAGUGCAAAUUACGAGAACGACCCGUUCGUCCAGGAGUUUCAGUUCCGUGUGCGGGAUGAGAUGGCACAAGUGACGGGCCGCGUCCUGCCGGCCCCCAUGCUGCAAUAUGGCGGCAGGGUGAGCUCUGAACCGUUUAUGCCCCAGCAGAUCAACCCUGCACUGUCGUUGCAGAACCGCACGGUGGCCACACCAAGCCACGGGGUGUGGGACAUGAGGGGGAAGCAGUUUCACACCGGAGUGGAGAUCAAGAUGUGGGCCAUUGCCUGCUUCGCCACCCAGAGGCAGUGCAGAGAAGAGAUCCUUAAGAGCUUCACCGAUCAGCUGCGUAAAAUCUCAAAGGAUGCUGGGAUGCCAAUCCAAGGCCAGCCAUGUUUCUGUAAAUACGCCCAGGGAGCUGACAGCGUGGAGCCCAUGUUCAGACACCUGAAGAACACGUACGCUGGGCUGCAGCUCAUCAUCGUAAUCCUGCCUGGGAAAACACCCGUCUAUGCUGAGGUAAAGCGGGUGGGUGACACCCUCCUUGGCAUGGCUACACAGUGUGUGCAGGUGAAGAACGUUGUGAAGACGUCCCCUCAGACUCUCUCAAACCUCUGCCUCAAGAUCAACGUCAAGCUGGGAGGAAUCAACAACAUCCUCGUUCCACACCAACGACCGUCAGUGUUCCAGCAGCCCGUCAUCUUCCUUGGGGCUGAUGUCACUCAUCCUCCAGCAGGAGACGGAAAAAAGCCAUCUAUUGCAGCGGUGGUGGGCAGCAUGGACGCCCACCCCAGCAGGUACUGCGCUACAGUGCGGGUCCAGAGGCCCAGACAGGAGGUCAUCCAGGACUUGUCCUCCAUGGUAAAAGAGCUCUUGAUCCAGUUCUACAAAUCGACCCGAUACAAGCCAACCAGGAUCAUCUUCUACAGGGACGGAGUGUCAGAAGGACAGUUCAGACAGGUUCUGUACUACGAGCUGCUGGCCAUCAGGGAGGCUUGCAUAAGUCUAGAGAAAGAAUACCAGCCGGGGAUUACUUACAUUGUUGUACAGAAACGCCAUCACACGCGACUCUUCUGUGCAGAUCGCAACGAGCGGGUUGGACGAAGUGGAAACAUUCCUGCCGGCACCACAGUGGACACAGACAUCACUCACCCCUACGAGUUUGACUUUUACCUCUGCAGUCACGCUGGAAUCCAGGGUACGAGCCGGCCUUCCCACUACCACGUUCUGUGGGACGACAACUGUUUCACUGGCGACGAGUUCCAGCUCCUCACCUACCAGCUGUGCCACACCUACGUCCGCUGUACACGCUCCGUCUCCAUCCCAGCACCGGCUUACUACGCCCACCUGGUGGCUUUCCGCGCCCGCUACCACCUGGUUGACAAAGAGCAUGACAGUGCGGAGGGCAGCCACGUCUCAGGGCAGAGUAACGGCAGGGACCCGCAGGCGCUGGCCAAGGCCGUUCAGAUCCACCAUGACACACUGACGACCAUGUAUUUCGCCUGAACCCUCAACUUCCCUCCAUCUUUCCCAGCCGCUCAGCCUGUCUUGGCGUCCGACGUCCAUCAGUCGUCUCAAGUCAUCGUGCAGAGCGACCUCGGCUCCCCUCCCCCCCCCACCACCCCCACCCCGUGCUGGUGCAGCUUCGGUCACUGUACCUCGAUGACGACGGAUGUAAUAAGCCAGGGAGGAGUUACAGCCACAUUAUGCAAUUUGAAACCAGCCAAUUGUUUCUGUGCACAAGCAUCUCUCACCUACACCUCUUCCGCUAUAUUUACAUCACAAUGGAUUCUGUCUCCUUUUUUAAAGCUCACAAGUCACAUCCUCCCCUUCCAGUUUUGACAGCAGCUCAUAGUUUUAUUAUCUGUGUUUUCAAGAAUGGCGGAGCAGCAGGAAAUACAAAAACUGAUGAUUUUAUGGUGCAUGGGUGGAAGCAGAAGCAGUGAAGACCUGACUUGCUCCGUAGCCUCACGUUGAGCCUAAUGUUGCUGGUUUAUAUUGUGACGGUUUUACCUGUUUGUUUGUUUGUUUGUUUGUUUGUUUGUGAGUUUUCAGCUUGUCUGGAUACAAUACUAUAUGUGUUAUUUCCCUGUCAAGCAAAUGUGUGAUUGCCAUGGCAACAUUGUUAGAGUAUGCUCGUAAAAACAAAAGCGUCGCCCUUUUUCCCCCUCAAACCGGCAGGCUGCCUUAGUGGUUACUCUUCUGUCUCUCUUUAAGCCAAUGGUUCCAGACAUUCAGCCAGACAGUUAGAAGCAUAACUCUGCACUCUGAACACAGACGCUGAAUGAAAUCUUAAGUUUUAUUUUUAAACAAAGCCACAUACAGCCAUCGACGAGGCAUUGUGUAUCGCUCGAUGCCUUACGGCGAGGUGCAUAAAGACGACUGUUAGAAUACAAUGCCAUGGCCGCGAAAUGGACAGUUUUAAAUUUCUCUCAUUUAUAGUUCAGCUUGUGUUAUACCAAACCUUUCUUGUGUGUUAUUUCACUUGCUAUUUAUGAAUUAUUCUUUUUAACUUAAAUUAACAUUCAGCAAUAGAGCAGACUGUUUAUCACUUCUGACGACCACAAACCUUUUGACUUUCCCCAGUUUUUGCGAGAGGAUCUGACCAAUUCAGUUGUCAAGAACUCCUUCGGUGCAAUAAGGUGUUAAUGCAGAGAGCGCGGGUUCAGGGGUGAAUGUUUUCGUUUGUUAUGAGUGAGUUUUGGCAAGUGACUAUGAACUUGGGCUCGGGAAUGUACGGUAUUUGACAUUCUCAUGGGCAUGUUAGGACUGAUGCUGCAGACGUGUGGAGGUCUGUUUGAAGAGAUUUAACAAAGUGCCUGAAACCGAGAGUGAGCUGCUGGUUGGACGGAAGGUUUUUAUUCGUAAUGUAGGUUUGUGUGCCUCUGCUAAUACAUUUAGUGGAGCUGGACUGUAGUUUGUGUGAUUUAUUAUAAAUGCUUUGUUUUCUGGUAAUCAGGAAAUGAUAACUUCCAUAUCCACUCAACACGUUUUGUGUUGUAAUAUUCUGUGAUGGAGUUAGACGCACAUCAUCACAUAAAACACGGAGCUUACAUCGGGGAUGAAAUACGACCGUUUUCUCCCGUUAUGUUGAUGUUAAAAGAAAACAAAGUUGUUGCUCUUAUCAUUUAAGGAAAUUCACAAUAAUAAUAGUUUUAAUUGUUCUUAUUAAAUUUUUUAUUAAAUAUUCUUAGCUUAUCUUCUGACCUUCUGAUUUCAUGCCCACAUCUCUUAUUUGUUCAAAUAGACCUAAUAUAGUGACAUUUUAAUUAUCGGGCGAAACCUUUCUCAUCGUAUAAUACAAAUAUAUUGAAUUUCAAAAGUAUUCUAAAGGUCACAACCUUGUUUUUCUCAUGACUAAGCAUUUAUCACAAAAUCUUUUUUCAUAACCUGUCAGUCAGUGGCCAUUUUAUUAGGUACACCUGUACUAUUGUUUUACGCAAUCUAAUACAUUUGUUAAGCCAUAAAGUAUUUCAUGGUGCCUAUAAUGUUUGAUAAUGUUUUUGUUGACACUGUUAUAUAGGUGUUAAUUAAAUUAUAUAAUUUUAGUAUUGAGAUCAUAGUUAAUGAUGGUUUUGAAGAAACCGCUCCAGUACAACACCUCCAUGACCUCAAUAAUGCACAUAAUUCAUUUAAUUUACACUUUUCUGACAAUGUCAACAAAAACGGGACAUUAUAAACUGGGUAGAGAUGUUAUGGCAGGGCUGCUGUUUUGGGCUGUGUUCGAUGUAACAGGUGCCUACGUUUACUUUUUAGUGUACUUUUUUUUUUUCCAGCAUUGUUAAUUUGUUAAUAUGUUAUGAUCUGAAAAAAAACAAAGCUUGUUAUGUUAAGAUCACAAAGAAGAAAACAAAAAAAUGUAGGAUGCAGCUAUGGAUGUGUUUCUGAGCAGGCGUUCCAUGCAGCCAGGUGAAGGCAGAGACUUUACUUUAGUGACUUCAGAUUCAGCUUCAGUCUUUGUCACCUACUGUAGCUGUGUUGUGUUUGGUAUCUCCAAGGCUGUAGAUGAUAUGUAGGGCUGCUAGUAGUGAUUAUUAUUAUCACCCUCAAUUAAUCCUUUUUGUCUAUAAAACGUCAGCUGUUAUGAUUUCAAGGAAAUAUAUCGUUUUGUCCGACCAACAGUCUAAAACUGCAAAUAUAUACAUAAAACAAAGAACGUCAUCAAAUCCUCACAGUUUGGCAUUUUUGAUUGAAAAGUUACUAAAACUAUAAAUUGAUGAUCGAAAUGUUUGCAGAUUUUUUUCUUUUUAUUGAGUAAUAGAAUAAUCAUUGCAGUCCUUGGACAGUAAUUUUUCUAAUAAUACUUUUCUACUUUGGAGAAAACAGUGUCGUUGUGCAGUGAGGUACAAAUAAUAUUGCCUACAUUUAAUUUCAAGAAUCCAACAUUAUGAAGUUCAUCAAUAUUUUUUAUGCCUUUUUUAAUCGGCCCUUAGUUUCUCAAUGCCCCGGCGUUGAGGGUGUUGUCUGUCAUGGCCUUGCAGUACAGUUUAAUACAGACGAAGCCUUCAGGUUUCAUCUCUUGGACCAAACCAACGUGCCUGGUCGGGGGGUGAGGGUGGAGGUCUUGGGGGGGGGGGGGGGUGGCCUUACAGCAUCAAGCUGAUGACAUCUGUACUGCUAACUGUGCUAGCCACGUGUCACCAGAACCAAACUUAAGCUGCUAUAAGAAAACACAUUUAUUUAAUAUUUCAUCAGAUACAUAUAGGCUUUAUAUUAAUACAGAGAGAUUAAGAGGAUUAUGGUGUUUUACUGCACUUAAAGAGAUUCAUGUGUUUAUGGUUGAGCAGAGACGUGAUGUUUGUUUGAAGUCGCCGACAGUUAAAGCAUUUUAAUUCUAAGAAUAUCAGAACAGUUUGUCCCUCUUUGUGUUUGUCGUCAUGUUGGAGCUGUUUCUUAAUGUCAGACAUUACCAGCAAUUGAUUUUACUUGAAGAUAAAUUAGUCGUGGGCAUGUUGAACAUUGUUGGCUCCUGCUCUGCUUGUUUCUCGAUGGUCUAUAAUAUGGAGCCUUAUUAACCUUUUCCGCUCAUAACGCCACAUACAGUAAAUCGACCAGAGCCUGUUGGCAGAGCUGGACAUCAGAUGCCUUUUGUCCUGAAAAAUAAAAGCAUUUUCAAGUCUGAAUUGAGAUAUAUUUAUAUGUAGAGAUAUUAAUGUAAUGCACACACCACUUAUUUUUUUUAACAAAGUCCUGUUUGACGCGGAAGCUGUAUCGAAAUAUGGCGUUUAAUAAUAAUCGUAGUGGUCUGUGAUCAUUUUUCCAAAUUUGAUAAUGCAAUAGGUUUACUAUUGGAAGUGAUGUUUGCUAUGUCGACCUGCUUUGUGGAGACUGUUGGGGGUUGUUUUGUCACGUAAAGAGAUGGGAUGAACCAUCAACCCUCCUCUGUAAAGACGACCUGUGAAGACCACCUGCUGUUUUCUUUAUCAUCUCAAAAGCUCAUCGAAGAAGUGAACUUUAAAAUCAUCAUGUUUUAAGAUAUUUCUCAAUGCGUGUGCUACAAACUGCAAAGUUGUUUUAGUUUUUUUUUUAUCAUUCUUGUCGCAUAUUCAUGAGAGGGGGAGGGUUGAAAGUUCAUCCUCGGACCGAUGUUGUCCAUUAACAGACUGUGCCUUUCCUGAUGGUGCUGAAAAAACAAGUAAAUCAAAGAAAUCUUAACUUUCAGAACGGGCGCUGAGGCCCGAUUGAUACGUAUAUAUUGAUACAUGAUAAUACUGUAAGGCGUGACUGUGUGCGUAUAUGUAUUUGUUUUGUGUGUGUGUGUGUGUGUGUGUGUGUGUGUGGAUACCUCUGACAUAUGCCAAGAACACAAAAUAUGCAGAACUGAUCAGUGUGGAGCUGACAGGACCAAAAGGCCUGUGGGGAUCAGUUUAGUGGACGGACACUCAAGCACAACCCAAAAACUAACAUUUGUAAAGAAUAACAACAAAUAGAGGAUCUCAUGACUCUGUAGGUAACGAGUAGCUCAGUUUAGACAUUAUAUAGCAUUAUUUAUUUAGCUUUAUUUCUAUAGGGACAUGAUGCCUCCCUUACUGCCUAGAAACACAUUUCCCCUCUAUGUGUUCAUUGUUGAAUGGACGGCAAUAAAGAAGCAAUCGUAAAGUUUCUGUGCAAUUAGUUUGUCUGGCCUUCCCUCAGUGUAUGCAUGUCUCUCUCUGACCCUCUUUUAACUUUUUCUUUUAUCUUCUAAUGUGAAAUUUAGACGUUUACAGACCUGUGAUAGUUCUUGGGGUUGUGUUGUUACUCCACGAGUGCCCGUUUCCCAUGUUAAGGGAUUCCCCACAACGAUAAAUCUUUAAACCUCUGUGGUUAGCUGCAUAUCAUACUCGAAAAGAAAACUAUGUUUGGGUUUCACAGUAUAUUAAUGUCCUUUUCCCCCUGAUUACUAAAUGGUGUCACUUUUAGAAGUAAAACUGUACGUCAAGACCUUUUUUUUUUUGUCUUAACACUCAUCUGAUCCUGGUCCUAAGUUGAGCCUUUUUAUUUGGUUGUCAUAUUUAAUUUUUUUGAAUAAAUACUCUAUGUAUGAAA